GAUGCGGACUGCAGGCGGGGAAGAGAGUGGGGUCGGUGGGGUUCAAUGAUGACGUCAGCAAGAGUAGCGCUCCCCACGCCGGCGUUUCAGAGUGUCGACAUGCCGUACACUUUCUCCCAGGAGGGGGGGGACGGACAUCACCACGUGAAGGUGUUUGUGCGAGUGGAGGCGACGAGUGCGGAACUCGUGACGCACGCCCACUUUGCGAGCUUGAAACCCGGGUGGGGGCAGUUUGAUGCCGCAGGGGAGGAGAUGGAGGUCGGACCCUUCUCCAAAAGGAGCAUCCUCUCGCCUGCGAGGCUGAACCACUACCGCACUCGCUCUUUGCAAGAAUGGACGACGAAGGUCAACAAACGUUCCAGCGGCUCGCAAGGUAACGUAGGCAAUGUGUACGGUGCGAUAGACUCUUUGGAUGAUCUGAGAGGGGCGAUCACAUUACCAGAUGCCAAAGACAGUGCUGUUCUGGAUAACAUCAUUGCUCGCCAGGGUUGCCUUUGAUAAUAUCUUGCACAGCUGAUGGCACGCACAUUUUGGGAAGGUUUCUAAACACGACAAGCCCAC